AUGAGAGGGACUCGCUGUGAGGGUAGCGACGAAGUGGUGACAAGGUGGUUGGGAGUGGCGGAUGAGUCGUCUUUUGUGUCUGAAGCAACAGGCGUGGGCAGUGGCUUAAGGGCAGUGGGCCGUAAGAUUGCUCGCAAUGUCAUGGCCAUGGCCACCGGAGAGGCACCAGCAGAAGUCGCAGCGUAUGAGCUGCCUGAGAUGGUCAGAACAGCUCAAGAAGCUUGGGACAAAGUGGAAGACAAGUAUGCAGUGUCUUCACUUGCAGUUGCUGGUGCGGUUGGAUUGUGGGUCUCCACUGGGAUGGUCUCGGCAAUUGAUAGGCUUCCUCUAAUUCCUGGCGUGCUUGAGCUUGUUGGCAUUGGCUAUACUGGAUGGUUUGCGUACAAGAACCUGGUUUUCAAACCAGACAGGUAAUCCUUAAUUUGGUUAUAGUUACUGUCAUAUA